UGUAUGCUUACAAUUUUAAUUUAUGUGAUUAAGGCAUGCAAAAUUUAAUAAUCCACCCGAUGCGGCACUAUGUCGUUUCACAAAGACUCGUUAAUUGGUUGUUUAAGUGUAACUCAAAACAGCAUGGAAUCAGUAAUAUUAUGUCCACAAAUAUUGGUAAUGAGGUGAAAAGGUUAUGUUUUCCGGUACCUAAUCGGCUUAGCAGAGAAGCGCAGAAAGAAUUCAAUUUAAUACAGUCAUUACUUUUGCAAAAUGGCCCUUGUAGACUUUAUUACUGUCCAAGGCUGGCCUGUACAAGGAAUUUUAGCACAACUUCAAGAUUGUCGAAUAGAGACAAGUCAAAUGACACCAAGAAAUCUUCCAAUGAACCGGAUCAGAAACCUGAGAAAGAUCCCAAUUUGAAUGCAGUGACAAGCAAAUUAUUAUUUCUUAGCUUAGUUAUCUUAAUCUUAGGAUUUAUGUAUUCGGUUAAACCUCAAUCUUGGAAGAAAUUGGAUUGGAAUGAUGUUGUAAAUGACCUACUUUUAAAAGGAGAAGUGAAAGAAAUUCAAGUUUCCGGUGUCUUAGUAACUAUAAUACUUCAUCCUGGUGCUAUUUAUAAAGGACAUAGGCUAAACACUGAUUAUAUUAAUAUGAUAGAUCCUAGGCUUGCUGAUACUAUUGAAGACAAAAUCAGAGAAUUGGAAAAGAGAAUUGGUAUUUCAGCAGAAAAUGGAAUACCAAUUAGAUACGUUCGACAGGAAACUCAGAGCUCUAUUAUAAAUCUGCUCUUUUUUGGAGCAGUAGCCUAUUUUCUGGUACAUAUAUUUCGUACUCAAAAAGUUCGAAAUGUAAUGGAAUUUAUCCAGCAGAAAACAAGAGCGAAAUAUACGUUAGUGGAGCCAUUUUCUGGUAAGGGUGUGCGUUUUGAAGAUGUAGCUGGAUUAAAGGAAGCUAAGACAGAAGUUAUGGAAUUUGUUGAUUAUCUCAAGCAUCCUGAACGGUAUAAGAAACUUGGAGCUAAGGUACCUAAAGGAGCUCUACUCUUAGGGCCACCAGGAUGCGGCAAAACUCUUUUAGCUAAAGCUGUAGCAACAGAAUCAAAUGUUCCAUUUUUAUCAAUGAAUGGAUCUGAAUUUAUUGAAAUGUUGGGAGGUUUGGGCGCUGCACGCGUAAGAGAUUUAUUUGCAGCGGCAAGAAAGAGAGCUCCCAGUAUUAUAUACAUAGAUGAAAUAGAUGCAGUAGGUAAAAAACGAUCGCAAGGUGUUGAAUUUAGUAAUAAUGAAUCCGAAGGAACGUUAAAUCAACUCUUAGUGGAAAUGGAUGGAAUGACAACCGCAGAAGAUGUUAUUAUAUUAGCAUCAACGAAUAGAGCAGAUGUUUUAGAUAAAGCCUUACUGAGACCCGGUAGAUUUGACAGGCACAUUUUAAUUGAUCUUCCUACCAUGGAGGAAAGAAAACAAAUAUUUGAGUAUCACUUGAAAUCAUUGUCUCUAGAAGGCAAACCACAACAAUAUUCUGGAUACUUAUCAUACCUUACUCCUGGUUUCAGUGGCGCAGAUAUUGCAAAUGUUUGUAAUGAGUCUGCGUUACAUGCAGCAAGGGAUAAGAAAACUUCAAUCAGUGGCGAUGAUCUUUUGUAUGCAAUCGAUAGAACGAUAGGUGGUACGAGUAAAAAAUCUAACACGCUAACACCUACUACGAAAAAGGUAGUUGCGUAUCACGAGGCUGGACACGCUUUAGUAGGUUGGUUAUUGGAACACACCGAUGCUCUGCUAAAAGUCACGAUAGUACCAAGAACAAAUUUGAGUUUGGGUUUUGCACAGUAUACCCCCUCAGAUCAGAAGCUUCACACUAAAGAACAACUUUUUGAAAAGAUAUGUAUGAUGUUGGGCGGCAGAGUCGCGGAAAGCCUGACAUUUAAUAAAAUUUCAACCGGAGCAGAAAAUGAUUUGAAAAAAGUAACGAAAAUAACCUACGCUCAAGUCCAACAAUUCGGUAUGAGUCCAUCUGUAGGUUUAAUUUCGUUUGAUGAGGAAGCAACAAGCACGAAAACUAAAAAGAUAUACAGUAAGAAAAUGGCAAAUUUAAUGGACGCUGAAGUACGAAGAAUAACUACAAAAGCAUACAAAGCAACAGAGAAAUUACUAAUGGAUAACAAAGAUAAGUUACAAUUGCUAGCGGAAGAGCUUCUGAAAAAAGAAACUUUGACAUACGAUGAUGUGGAAAAAUUACUUGGGCCUCCACCAUACGGGAAAAAACGACUUGUGGAGCCAGCCGAAUUUAUCGCAGACGUUGACCCAAACACGCCUGAACCGACGACAGUGUAACGUAUUUAAACAGAUAUU